GGUUUUGGGGCCACAGACUGAAGCCAGAGAGACGGGGCCCGAUGGGUCCCCGAGUGUCCUCGGAGAGUAGGGAGUCAGUCCUGGGAUUCAGGUGUGCACCUCGCUAGACCGGUCCCUGCCCUGGGAGGCGGAGCCGAGCGGGGAGGGCCCCUCCUCUUCCUGGGUAGGUGUCGGCAGCUCCAGGGGCGCCGGAACGGACCAGGCUCGGGGUCGCAAUGAAUAACCCUAUACCUUCCAAUUUGAAAUCUGAAGCAAAAAAGGCUGCUAAAAUUCUAAGAGAAUUCACAGAAAUAACUUCCAGAAAUGGACCUGAUAAGAUCAUUCCUGGUAGCACACGUCAUUGCCAAAGCCAAGGGCCUGGCGGUCCUGUCUGUGGUGAGAGCCGGGUUUCUGGUCACCGCACGAGGUGGUGGUGGGAUCGUGCUGGCGCGCCUUCCAGGUGGAAAAUGGUCUGCACCUUCGGCCAUCGGGAUAGCUGGGCUUGGUGGAGGAUUUGAACUAGGAAUAGAGGUCUCGGAUUUGGUAAUAAUUUUGAACUAUCACAGAGCGGUAGAAGCUUUUGCAAAAGGUGGUAACCUAACACUGGGAGGGAAUUUGACUGUGGCAGUUGGGCCCUUGGGAAGGAAUUUAGAAGGAGAUGUCUCCCUAAGAAGCUCAGCUGCUGUCUUUACUUACUGCAAGUCAAGAGGCCUCUUCGCUGGCCUAUCUUUAGAAGGUAGCUGUUUGAUUGAGAGGAAAGAAACUAACCGAAAAUUUUAUUGUCAAGACAUUCGAGCUUAUGACAUUUUAUUUGGAGAUAUACCACGGCCUGCUGAAGCAGAAGAUCUUUAUGAAAUUCUCAAUUCUUUCACUGAAAAGUAUCAAAACGAAGGACAACGAAUCAAUGCAAGAAAAGCAGCACGGGAGAAGAAGAAGGGUUCUGCUAAAGAAUUGCCUUCAAAACCAUUGUCAAGACCACAGCAAUCGUCUGCACAAGUACAGCUGAAUUCUGGCUCUCGAAGUAACAGAAAUGAAUAUAAUCUCUAUCCUGAACUUUCCAGCUACCGUGAGAGAGUUGGCAAUUUGAACCAACCUAUAGAAGUGACAGCGCUAUAUUCUUUUGAAGGACAACAGCCAGGAGAUUUGAAUUUUCAAGCUGGAGACAGAAUCACAGUAAUAUCAAAAACAGAUUCACAUUUUGAUUGGUGGGAAGGAAACCUUCGAGGUCAAACUGGCAUUUUUCCAGCCAACUAUGUUACCAUGAAUUAAAGUUUAUAUUAUUUUCUUCUUUGAGAAUUACAAAAAAAUUACUACUACACUGGCAGGAUUUACUAUUCAGUUAAACAAUGUUUAGUAUAAGUUUAAAAACACUUCUGUUUGUUCCAUAAACUUUUAUCCAGUAUAUAAAAGAUUUUGUUUAUAUAUAUAGAUAUAUAUAUAUAUCUUUAAAUACUUUCCACUGAUUUUUAUCACAUAUACUAUUUAAUAGUUUAAUAUCCUCCAAUUUAUAUGGUCACAUUUCUUUUGUGUUCAUUUUCAAACAUCACUAAACAUUUGAUUUGGCUAGUAUAUGAUGACUUAAUUUUAUCUGGAGAAUCUUAAGGAUAGGGGCAUGAAUACCAAUUUAUAUAUUUGCAAAGUGACUACAAAAGAAUA